CUAGAUGUGGCGACGGAAGUUUCCAGCAAGAUUGUGCGGAGGUAAAGAUCAACACUGAAAGCAGGUUAGAAAUGGCAGAGGCAAGUAAUUGGUAUCCUACUUCAGUUCCGGAGAACCCCUAUGAUAGGUCUCCUGUUGGAGUUUUGUGGGACAAGGGUGCAAGCGAUAUCGAAGGUCAACCGGGUCAACCCAUAGAAACCAGUUUGGACAGUCAGCCAAAGACACAUACUGCUAAGAUUAAGAAACCCUACUUGUGUGAGCAGUGUGGGUACAGGGCAAGUAGCAAGUCUGCCUUAUCCUAUCACAUGAGAACUCAUACAGGAGAAAAACCCUACAAGUGUCACAUCUGUGAUUACUCUGCUGCACGGAGAAACCGUUUGGCUAACCAUCUAGCAAAACACACCGGUGAGAAACCCUACAGGUGUGGGGAGUGCCCAUACAGAACAACUCAGAGUUAUGACUUGACCAAACAUAUGAGAAGUCAUACCGGUGAAAAACCCUACAAGUGUGACCAGUGUGACUAUUCUACAGCAUAUAAAUCCUGCUUGGACGUCCACCAUCGAGCAAAGCACACUGAUGAGAAACCCUACAUGUGUGGGUACUGUGGGUACAGGGCAGCUCAAAAGGCUACCGUAUUCAUACAUAUGAGAACACAUACAGGUGAAAAACCUUUCAAAUGUGACAUCUGCGAUUAUUCUGCAGCACAAAAAACCACUUUGGACGGCCAUGUAGCAGCAAAACACACUGGUGAGAAACCUUACAUGUGUGGGGAAUGUGGAUACAGGACAACCCACAAGUCUCACUUAUCCCUACAUAUGAGAACUCAUACUGGUGAAAAACCCUUCAAGUGUGACCAGUGUAGUUAUUCAGCUGCACAGAAAUGUCAUUUGGACAACCAUUUAGCAACUCACACUGGUGAGAAACCCUACAUGUGUGAGCAGUGUGGAUACAGGACACCUUGGAGAGGACACUUAUCUCUGCAUAUGAGAACUCACACCGGUGAGAAACCCUACAUGUGUACGGAAUGUGGGUACAGGACAGCUUGGAAGCAUCACUUAUUCCGACAUAUGAGAACUCACACUGGUGAAAAACCCUACAAGUGUGAUGACAAUCUUCGCCAAAUGAUGUUAGCUUUUAAGGAUUGAUUAUGCAUCUUUGUAUAGAUUACUAUGCACAACUGAAAGUAUAAUGUACAAAAACACACUGUAUUUGUCUAAGUGCCCAUUUAAUAGAAGAAAUUUUUCAUCUACAAGUUCCUCAGGUUUCUUUUUUCACAAACAAGGUGUAAUUCACAACAUUUUCCUUUCUCAAUUUGAUUUUCAAUUACUACAUAAUUGAAUGUAUUGACAGUGAUGAAUUCAAUUUUACAACAUCACCAUGAAACUUUUUUGAAUGUGUGUCGAGUAUUUUUGUCUCAGCAGUUGAGAACUACAACAAUAAUUUACUUGUAGCCAUUUGUAUUGUCAUUACUGAACAACAUUAGUUCUAAAAGAGAUAUUUGAGGAACUCAAAAUGAUUAUUUUCAUUAUCAGUUCUAAAAUAUUUGAGUCUUUUAGGGUCCUUUGCUUUACAUUUUUUAAAAUAAGUAAUUGGAGUUUGUUUUCUGUAGCAAUUUUUUCAAGCUGUAUCUGUUUUGUUUUGAGAGUAAACUCUGUUUGAUAAUAGAAAAGUUAAUCAGAAUGAAAUUCAAUUGGUGAUUCAUAGUCUUUUCUCUUUCAUCUUAUUGUUUUGAUAGUUUCAGUUAGUUUUCUUAUAUUUUUGAACAUUCAUCUAAUUUUAUUGUAUUUUUUCAUUUUUCUUGUGUUACAGACUGUUCUGUUUUUUGGCCAGUAGUACAGGUAGAAAUAUUUGUGUGUAUAUAGAUUUUUUUAAUCUUAAGAAUUGGAUUAGUGGCUAAGCCUCUUCCUUUUUUUGUAUAUAUAUUUUGUAUUUGAUAAAUA